AAUUGUAACGAACAGGUUGACUGCGCCGGUCUUCAUUCGUAUUCCAGUGCAGCACGGACCAGGUCUGGACGUCGUGGAUAGAUCCAGGAGAUCCAGCCGCCUCGUAGCAGUUUGUCUGCACAAAUGCACAAACCCACUACCGCUGGAACACCGCCUGUCCUAGUACCGCCUACCAAGGCGAAUGUGUUAGCGGCGGGCGGUCCGAGUGGUAACACAAGCAUCAAUGCAACCUCCUCUGUGCCGCCGCCUGCUGUGUAUACGAUUCCUCCGUCCCCGGCUGCGCAGAGCUCCGCUUCCUCCCUUCCCUCAGAUGCCUCUCCUAGGAAGCAACACCCGCAUCUGCAGGCACAGUACCACACGCAACUCUCACACCAGCAGCAACAGCAGCAACAGCAGCAACAUCACGCACUGCAUCACCACCAACAAGGCUAUCAAGGGAGCGGAACCCGAGGGUUCGUGGACUUGCUGCGCUCGUUGGGCCACUUGACGCUCAACAACGCGUCUGAGAUCCGGGAGGAGCUACGGCAUUUGCGCCGGCGCCGUGGCAAGCAAGAGGAGGCUGUGAUGUUGUCCGAACUGGCGGCGCUGGCGUCUUGCCUGAACGAGUUGGUCAUGUCCAUGGUGACAAGUAGCAGCAGCAACAGCAGUGGGCCCGGUGGCAGUGGCUCGGGUUCUACGGAAGAGGGUGGAGGAGAAGGUGACAGCAGCAGCAAAGCCGGGGGCGGGGCGGUGGCUGUGGAGCCCUCUCGACGGGCGCUGGCAGGCCUCUUCUCCUACGAGGGUCUUAUGCCCCCCAUCCCUCACCCGGCGGUGCCCGCCCCCUCCACCGCCCUCGGCGACGCGGCCUUGCUGCACUAUUGCUUCGACUUUCUGGUCGAGGGUCGGCUCCAGUAUCGAAAACAGCUGGGAGACCUGGCUCUGGUCUGUCGGCAGUGGCGGGACCUGGCGCAGGCCGACAGGUUUUGGAAGCCCGUCGUCCUGCAGCUCUUCCCCCGCCUCUCCCCCGCCCUGGCGGACCACGACGAGGAGGACGGGGCCUCGGGGCCGGAUCCAGACGCGGCGGCGCUUACGGAGGCCGCGGUGGACGGGGCGGGGGCGGGGGCAAGUUCCGAGCCGUCCACUUCUCCGGGCGGGCGGGCAGGCUGGCACCGGAAGUACUUGAUCCAGUUCGGUCGCUGCUUGUUCGACCGGCCCAUCCGCCAAGGGCCCUGGCACGAGGGUAUCACUCUCUCCUUCGACCUACACGACGAGCAGGACGGCACCCGCCUCUUCUCCUCGACAGGGCCCAUCCGCUUCACGGGCACCACCAUCCCGGGCAUCACGGCCAUGAAGCUGACAGGCCGCCGCCGCCGGGUCACGGCCCCCUUCUCCGCCGCAUCCCGGGACCGCGGCCUCGGGAACCUUUCCUCCAUCGAGGAGCUUUUCCAGGAGGGCGACUCCCGCGAUUACCCCGUGUCCUUCACCAUCCGGGUCACCGCCCGCGACGAGCGCACGGGCAAGAUGGCUCUUCUUUUCUCCUCGGCCAAGCGGACGAAGCGGUGGGUGGAGCCGCUGGGCGAGGACAUGGGCGUUCCGCAGGGCACGCUCCUUGUCAACCAGGGGUGGUCGCGCGUCACGAUCCCGUCCACGGACCUGGCCAUGCAGAUGCUGACGGUAUUCUACGUGGCGCCCGUGGAGGGACAGCCGGAGACCAUUAGCGCGGCGGAACGGCUGUACUCGGUGCUGACGCUGGACUGCGCCUUUAUGCUCCAGUGCAAGACAGAGGAUCAAGAGCAGAUCGGACGCUUCAUCCUGGCCGCCUUGGAGAAUGGGCCGGGCGUGGAACGGGAUGGCUGACGGGCUAGGUCGGAAAGUGGUGGAUGGAGGGAGGGAGAGGAAGCAACGGUGAUAUCCUGAAUGCCCGGUCAAACUUGAAUCAGAGGGCUGUUUGAUGCGGAAGAAUGGUGUGAAAGGAGGAUAGAGGGGUUUUCCACCUCAGGAAAGCCUGAGUGGGGGAAACCCUCUCGCUAUUUCUAUGUGGAUAGAGCGAUUGAGAGAAGAUAGGUGAGAAUCCGAGUGGACAGGGUGGGUGUCACCAUAGAGCGGGAGGGGAAAAGUCUCAAUCGCGGCCGUCGUGCAAGUCUCCUUUACCAACAUGUGGAGUGGCACCUUCCGUGGGGCGUAAGGAGGGCGUGGCAAGGGUGUAUUGCCAUGACAAGCCGACGCGAAGGGGAAGUAAGGACGUCGACAGCCACGCUUGGCCA